AUGGAGGUUAUCCGGGACGAUAUCACAGCGAACGAAGCUGUGCGGAAAUCUGCCAAACGAACACACGAACUCUUUGGCUCCGAUUAUCUCUUCCCUUCCUCUUCCAUAUCAUCAGAAUCCAUCGGUGUCUCAUAUCGACGGAAAAUAGAAUACGGAGAUGUGCAAACACUGCCUCCAUCCCUGGCCGAGAAACAGGCAAAGGCUGCCACGACACGGGGGAAGCGCACCAAGAUAAAGCCAGAGCCAGGUACUUCAACCGCGCUGGUGAAAAGCUCUGCGUCUACCGGCGCGCAGUCAAAUGGAGAUAGUGCGCCUACGAGCCUCAUAAAGAGAUUAGAUAUCUCUCAGCAACCGAAGCCGGAUUGGCAUGCGCCAUGGAAGCUAAUGCGAGUGAUUUCGGGGCAUCUGGGAUGGGUUCGAAGUCUCGCGGUGGAACCAAACAACCAGUGGUUUGCAAGUGGUGCAGGCGAUCGGACGAUAAAGAUCUGGGAUCUGGCUACAGGCACUCUACGGCUUACUCUGACCGGUCAUAUAUCUACUGUGAGAGGCCUGGCAGUCUCUCCAAGACAUCCAUACCUAUUCUCAUGCGGAGAAGAUAAGAUGGUCAAAUGUUGGGAUCUUGAAACGAACAAAGUCAUUCGACAUUACCAUGGACAUCUUAGCGGUGUAUACACUCUUUCCUUACAUCCCACACUGGACGUCCUAGUCACAGGAGGUAGAGAUGGCGUGGCGCGAGUUUGGGAUAUGCGUACUCGAAGCAAUAUUCAUGUACUCAGCGGCCACAAAGGCACCGUCACUGAUGUGAAAUGUCAAGAAGCGGAUCCCCAGGUUAUUUCCUCGUCUCUCGAUGCGACAGUGCGAUUGUGGGAUUUGGCCGCUGGAAAAACCAUGGGCGUUCUCACCCACCACAAGAAAGGCGUCAGAGCACUUACCACACACCCGAAGGAAUUCACCUUUGCAAGUGCUAGUGUUGGGAGCAUAAAGCAGUGGAAAUGCCCUGAAGGUGCGUUCAUGCAAAAUUUCGAAGGCCAAAAUUCUAUUAUCAACACCCUUGCUGUGAAUGAAGAUAACGUCCUUGUCUCUGGUGGGGAUAACGGCUCUAUGUCUUUCUGGGACUGGAAGUCGGGCCAUCGUUUCCAGUCUUUGGAUACAAUCGCGCAGCCGGGUUCUUUGGAUGCCGAAGCUGGCAUUAUGGCUUCGACAUUUGAUAAGACGGGGCUGAGAUUGAUAUGUGGAGAGGCCGACAAGACGAUAAAGAUCUGGAAGCCAGAUGAUGAAGCUACACCCGACACACACCCGCUAGACUGGAAGCCUACACUUGGAAGGAAGAGAUACUAG